AUGUACCACCUUCUUAGAGGAUUAUACGAAGAGCUAACGAGGCGGACGGAGUAUUCGAUAUUAGUAGUAGGAUUAAAUGAUAGCGGAAAGACCACAUUUGUAGAACACGCAAAGGAGAUUUAUACGGGGAAACCACGAUUUAAUUCCGGACCAACGAUAGGACAGAAUGUGGUAAAAAUACCAGUUAGUAACACUAUACUCCAGUUCUGGGAUCUCGGCGGCUCGUCUUCCUUUACAAGUUUAUGGGACAAAUACUACACAGACGCGCAGGCAGUACUCUACUUUAUAGACGGCACAGAUAGACAGCGAAUGAGAGAAAGCUGGGAGACGUUCGAAAAGCUGAAGUCACAUCCAGAAUUACACGGUAUACCGAUCAUAGUCUGUGCUACAAAACAAGACAAAGAAGGUGCGAUGAAUGGAUAUGAUGUACAAAAGUUAUUCGUGGAAUACAGUAACAACACACCAACAACUCAAUACCAGAGUCUAAGUGAGCGUUUAGAAGCUGCUGAACAAAUCGAUAGUCAAGAGGAUGAUAAGAGAAAUCUAGUUCUAAAUCUAAUCUGCACAGAUCAGAGUUCAGUGAAGGGUCUUAUUGAUGCUUUAUUCAUACGCGUACAGACCUCUCCGAGGUCCUGAUCGCUAUCACUUCAAGACGGUCUCUGAUUUACGUAUCGAUAGGAAUUGCUGUUGGGAGGAUGGUUGCAACGUUUUAAUAACGUCAUAGACUUGUAUGCUAUUAUAUCUUAAACGCGUCCGUGGAUCUGUGUAGUUUGCUCGUAAGCCUGUGACAUCACAGUAUUUUGCUGGUGGAAGCAAUGAAGGUGGACAUUCUAUGGUGAAGAAGUUUGUUAAACUGUCUGGAAGAUUCUCCAAUUCUUUUAUUUCUUCUUCACUGGCUUCUAGUUCUCCGGCUUUUAUAUCUGCCAACUUCUGUUUAUCAAGUUUAAUACUAUCUAACUGCUGCUUCUCGCGUUCCCUUUCUAUAGCCAUAACCUGCUUGUAUAUCUUGUUACGCUUUGUAUUAGACCAUUUUGGGUUCUUAAAUGGACGCGCUGUAUCAUAGUAGUUGUAGUAGUCGACGACUUUAUCUGGUGGUUGAGGCGUAGAGGAGUCGGAUACCGACGAUUGACGUGCCUUCUUCUUUGGUGGCCUGUCAAUAUCGUUAGUUGAGGUAAGAGCUGCAUUGUUACCCUUACAUAUCUCUUGC